CCACGGCCAGGAGCAGCCGCUGCUCCUACAGGCAUUCCUACUUCAGCCCAAAUUAGUACUGAUCCUCAGCCAGGGAGGUUUCGCUAUACCCUGGACAACGAUGUCCUCACCACAGAGCAAAGGCAGUUCUAUGAAGACAAUGGGUAUCUGCUCAUUAAGAAGCUCGUUUCUGACGAAGACAUUGAGCGCUUCAGGAAGGAGUUUGUGAGGAUCUGUAAAAAAGAGGUGAAUCCACUGGGAGCUAUGAUUAUGAAAGACGAGUCCCUGAGAUCCCGGUAUGGUCAGUCUGAAAAAGUAGUUAAUAAAGUGCAGGACUUCCAGGAAGACAAAGAGUUGUUCAGAUACUGUACUCUGCCAGAGGUCCUCAAAUACGUUGAGUGCUUCACAGGGCCAAACAUCAUGGCAAUGCACACCAUGCUGAUAAAUAAACUUCCAGAUUCUGAUAAACAGACUUUUCUGCACCCCAUGCAUCAGGACUUGCACUAUUUCCCCUUCCGGCCCCCAGAACGCAUCGUUCUUGUUAGGGAGAGGCCCAACCAGGACAAGGGCUGCCUGGCCAUGCAGCCAGGGACUUGCAAGGAGCCCUUGAAGCCUCAUGGCUAUCCAAAGUGGGAGGGUAAAGCCAACAAACUUUUCCAUGGGCUGCUUGAUGAGGAUGAGAAGAGUCCCAGGGUUCACCUUGUCAUGGAGAAGGGAGACACGGUGUUCUUCCAUCCCCUGCUCAUUCACGGCUCUGGGAUAAACAAGACAUCAGGUUUCCGAAAGAGUAUAAGCUGUCACUUUGCCAGCUCCGAGUGCUACUACAUUGACGUCAAGAACACGAUCCAAGAGAGCCUGGAGAAAGAAAUAGUAGAAAUGGUUCGCAAGAAAUACGACACGACAUCCGUGGAACUCAGGGAUCUUUGGAACUUCCGAGCACGGCUUGUGCAAGGGGAAAGAAUUAACCUGUAG